GGAAAACACUCUACGGCAUGGCUUCGGAGUGAGUGAAGUUUUACGAGUAAGCGAUUUUAUGUACAGUUCAGGGACGUGCUUCAGUGAUGCUCGUGUGCUGGACGAAAGGUGAGCUUAGUCUGGGGGAGACAUUUCUUACUGUCUGAAGUUGUUUGGCAACUCAAGUAACGGACAUCUGACAAGCCAGCGUGGCUGCACACACCUCACCAAGAAAAAUAUAAGGAGGUGAGGAUACGUGAGAUAGGUGAUCAUAAUGUCUAAGGUGGAGAAACAGAAAAAACACUUUCCCGCUAAAGCAUCUAAGCGGAAACCUAAUAAGAAAAACGGCAUAUUAAAAAAGAACGAGAGGCAUUGGUUUUACUCAGCUCCUGCAAACAAGGAGCAGGAAAAGCCUACAGCUCCACAAACUGCUCCUCCAAAAGACUCCCAGCAGUUCUCUGCCAACUGGAAAGCACUUCAAGAGGUGUUGAAGGCCAGUCAGUCAGAGAAGAAGCAGCCGGCGGCACCAAAACAUCAGAACGGCUUCUCGCCAAAGAAUGUCCAAGAAAAUACUUCUAAAAUAAUUUCUAAGAACAAUGCUGAACCAAGCCAGAGAGACACUGAGAAAAAAGCAGAUCACAAAACUGUUCCUAAGAGUUUUGUGUCCGGUAAGACUGGGGUCAACUCAAAGGUGUCGAAUCUCUCGAAGACUAAACAUGCUACUGCUCCAAAAAGAGAGCGGGAUAGCGGGAAACCAAACAGCCUACAGGCAGCUAAGAAGAAGAAGCUUGAAUCCGAGGAGAUUAAGCCCACAGAAGAGGACCUUUGGUUUGAUGACGUGGACCCGGAUGACAUUGAGGCGACAAUGGGAGCAGAAGCAGCCGAGAUCAUGAGGAAGAAGCAGGGCAAGGCCAAGGGUACGGCUGGUGCCUCGGCUAAUGACACAGAGAAGAGCCUGGUUAAGGAGAAUGCUUUUGAAGGCCUCACUAAAGCGGUGGCCAUUGACUGUGAGAUGGUGGGAGUUGGUCCUGACGGAGAGGACAGCAUCUUGGCACGUGUGUCAAUUGUGAACCAGUUUGGGAAGUGCAUCUAUGACAAAUAUGUGAAGCCCACAGAGAAAGUAACAGACUACAGGACAGCUGUCAGCGGCAUCCGACCAGAGGACAUCAAAGAUGGAGCGGAUGUACAGAUUGUACAGAGGGAGGUUGCUAACAUCCUGGAAGGGAGAAUAGUGGUUGGACACGCCAUACACAAUGAUCUAAAGAUUCUGCUCUUGGAUCAUCCGAAAAAGAAAAUCAGAGAUACUCAGAAAUAUAAACCCUUUAAGACGAUUGUAAAGAGCGGUCGACCCUCGCUCAAACUCCUUUGUAGAAAAAUCCUCGAUGUGAAGGUCCAAGAGGGCGAACAUUCAUCUGUCCAAGAUGCACAGGCCACCAUGAGGCUGUACACAAUGGUGAAAAAGCAGUGGGAGGCAGAGAUUAAAGUGAGUAGGAAAAACAAAUUCUUGGACAAGAAGAGCGAGAGAAAGGCCAAGCUUCCCAAAGACUCACUGAAUCACUGAGGAUUAUAAAUUCAAAACAAGCACGCAAGAGGACAGAUGAUCUCCUGAUCAGAGCAGAGCUGACUGAAGUGAUCAGAGGAUUCUUUUAAGAAGAAAAGAUAACUAUGUUUUUUGUUUAUUUUAAUGUGAGGGAUAUUGAACCUGUGAUUGUAUAAAAGCGUGACUUUCCCAAGCUUUUGUGAGAUCUGGCGCAACAAAAAGCGUGUUAAAUGCUUUCGCAGAUAGUGACCGGUUUCAUCAGCCUAAGUCGCUCGGGGAGAUCGUUGCAGGCUGUGAAAGACUUUAUCGAGUUGCAAAUCAAGAAGUUUUGUUCCUCAGUGUCCCAGACUGACUCAUGCAGGGAUUAGAAGAGAGUCUUUAUAUACAAAGUUUGUAAAAAUGUCUGUUUUUAAAGUAUAAAUAAAACAAAAGAUGUAAUUCAUUUAAUUCUGCUAAGCAUAUUUUUUUGUCCUCACAGUCUAAUACAACCACAGGAGGUUCAGAGCAAUGCAAACUCUUUUUUAAAAAAACUUAUUGCAUUUAAUGAAAGCUAAUGUCAAGACAUGAAUUGCUGCCUCACAUUUAGUUCAUGAUUACUGAGACUUCAUUUCCCAUUUCUCUGACAAACAUCAGAAAAGCCAUUAAAGAGGACAAAUGUUACUAUUUGCUGUGAGUGCAACCAAAUGUGCAGCUUAAAUCAUUUAUUACUCAAAUCCAGUAUUUCCUUACGUAAUCCCACGCAGGCCUUAUUUUGAUUUUUUCUUUUUACUAUGUCGUGGUGAUAAAGUAAGAAAUCCCCUGCCUGCCAGCAGUGUGUCAGCGUGAUUUGCAGCCCGGGAGCCGAUGCACUCUACGCUGUACUUUAUUGAAAUGAAGCACGCGCCCUCGGUCUGCAGCCUCCGGGCUUUAAAUUCAGGUAGCACAGCAGAUGCUGGUGUGCACUAA